AUGACCCAGACCAGCCUGAAAGCCAAUAUCGGCGUUGUUGGCUUAGGCCGAAUGGGCCAGCGCCAUGCACUGAAUGUCCUUCAUCAAGUCCCUCGAGCAAGGCUCUUCGCUGUCUGUUCACCAGCGCCGCAUGAGAUCGAAUGGGCUAAGAAAGACCUGGAGCCGGAGGGCGUGCAGGUGUUUGAUACUUUCGAAGCGAUGAUUCGUACGCCCGGACUGGAUGCCGUGGUCAUCGCGUCACCGUCAGAGCUCCACUUCUCGCAGACAUUGGCCGCCAUGGAGCUUGGAAUCCACGUUCUUUGUGAAAAGCCAGUGACCAAAGAUACUGCUCAGCUACGGCAGUUGAUGCAAAAAGCAGAGCUGUAUCCGCAGACAAAGGUCAUGGUUGGCUUUGUUCGUCGUUUCGAUGAAAACUAUCAGGAUGCGCUCCGGAAGAUCAAAAACGGUGCAAUAGGCGAACCUAUUAUUGUGCGAUCGCACGGUGCUGAGAAACUGGACAAAACUGGAUACUUUAUCGAGUAUGCUCGAGUGAGUGGGGGAAUCUUUUUGGAUACUGUCAUUCAUGAUAUUGAUCUCACCUUGUCAAUCCUUGGUGAUGACAUCCAGCCUAAAGCACUCUGGGCGACCGGGAUCAUCUCCCAUCACCACGAGAUGAAAGAUUUCAAGGACGUUGACAACGCUGUGGCUGUGGUUGAGUUCUGGGGUGGCCGGAUUGCCCACUACUACCACUCCCGCACAACCUCUAAUGGAUAUGACAAUUCUACGGAUAUCAUUGGUAUGACGGGAAAAAUCUCGAUCAACUCCGUGCCGCACCACAACAGGGUUCAGGUGUCGAAUGCAGCUGGAAUCACGCAGGAAGUUAGUCACAGUUGGAUUGACCGGUACCGAGAAGCGUUCGUGACCGAGUUGAAUGAAUUUACAAAUGCUAUAUUAGAUAAAAGUGAACUUCCGAUGACACUUUCUGCUGCUCUUACCGGCUUGAAAAUAGCAACUGCCUUGCGGAAAAGCUUGGAAACCGGUGAGAAGAUUGAAUUUGACGACAACGGAGAUGAGAUAAUUCCCGGGACCAAAUAA